AUGAGUAGAUUGAUAGCCGCAGCGCCUUCGGUGGAGUUGAUUAAUCCUUCAAAGAGCUGCCAAGAGCCGGAUGGUAAUUGCAGGGGGUUGGCUUUGCAAAAAGCGACGCCCGAGAAGAAAGGAAGAUCACGAACGGCGAGGCUCAUCAGGGACUUUAACGCAGCAUCGGCGGCAAUCAGCCCUGCAACAGUUUACUGCUUGCGGUUCCUCUUCCCACGGUGUCUCUAA